GUGGUAUUUAAAGGGUGUACGAUUUAGAUUCUCUCUUUUCAUCUAUAGACCUGCAUUGAAGCUCUGGUCCGACACGAACUCUCUCUACUUGAUUAACGAUGGAUCCUACUAUGCUUCACAAUCGCUCCUUUGCAGAGGCGGCUUGUCCCUAUCCUUUGGGUAGGCAUGAACGAGACGCACUUAGCACCCUGCUGAUUCUGGAGGAAGAUGGCGAAGACGACUAUAGCGCAGAUGACGAAUAUGACAUGGACUUCGAGAGUUCGUUUGACACGUCUUUCGACUGUGAACGUCCGUCAUUCGACCGUUGGUAUUCCAAACUCCCAGCUACUCCGUCAAGGGCCCUCAAUCGUGGCAUUCCGAAUAUGCACUCCCCUUCUGCUAUUCGCACACUUAUUGUGGAUAAUGAAAGCGAAUUCGAGGAAGACGAAUCAGAUGAAGAACUUCUUGAGGGACACGAGUGCCCUCCAAACUGCUACCUUUGCUCUAUCAGUGCAGUCAUCUACAAGAUCGAGUAUCCAGAACUUUAUGAAGAAUGCGAUAAUCUGGACGACGAAGACGAUUUCGAAGACUGUACUGCAUCUGCACCUACUACACAUUGUGUACCGGAAUGUAUCAGUUGUGCACGGGAGCGCCUCCGCGCGGAGGGUUACAAAUUCCCUGCAUACCAGUACGAUCACAGCGACCAUAUUCCGGACGAUGACGAAGCAAAGGUCGAGGAGAAAAUAAAACCUUGGGGGCAGAGAAUUUCGCGGGAGGAGGUAGAUCCACAAAUCAACAUCGUUUUUACUACACCACCUCCUGACUCUCAGAAGGCAGAGUCAACGACUCUACCUGUAAAACUAAACGAAAUCUUUCCGCGAGUAUUUUUUCCGCCGCCAAAACCCUCAUCGAGCACCUGCGUGUGAUCGUUGGGUGAUAAUCGAUGUGUAUUUGUCUGGCAUUAUUUAUCAAGCUUGUGUAUACCUUAUCUAGUGUCUAAACAUAUGUGUGUAAUUCUAUGUACUUAAAGUAUA